UCUCCCACAGUACUGGAAAUGCAAUUAUUUUAUAAAUAUAAACUGCUAAAUACCUUUUCUCAUCAGCAAUUAGAGCAGUCAUGUGACCAGGGGCGGACUGACAACUCAUGGGGCCCCUGGGCAAUAGGGGAUCAUGGGGCCCCUGUGUCCUUGCCCAAACUCAAAAAAAAGCCUAUGAAAAAGGUACCAGGGGCAUCUCAUGGGGCCCCCUACUGACCCCGGGCCCUCGGGCAGUGCCCGAGUUUCCAAAUGGUCAGUCCGCCCCUGCAUUAAAGCAUGCUUGAUAUACUCACUGUAGAACCUAAGGUGUUAAUCCUCUGCAUUGUGUAAAAAUGCUGUUUGAUCCUGUCUUCUCUGAUCCUCCCCUUCUUCCAGUGUCCCCCUCUUAUCUCCUGAUAAGAAAUUUCAUGUGGAGACACUCUGCACAUGUUCAGUUUGGUGUUUAUUGCUAGAGAGGUUUUUUUUUCUUGGGAGAGUGCAU